AUGGCGGGGCUCUGGCGGGGCUGGGGGCGGCUGCUGGCGCGGCGGCCCGGGGCGGCCCAGGCGCUCACCGCCGGGGCCCUGAUGGCUGUGGGGGACGUCGUGGCACAGCAGCUGGUGGAGCAACGGGGGCUGAGUGGCCACCAGGGCCCCCGCACCCUGCGGAUGGCGGCCAUCGGCUGCGGCUUCGUGGGCCCUGUCGUGGGUGGCUGGUACAGGGUCCUGGAUUGGCUCGUCCCAGGGGCCACCAAAGUGGUGGCUGUGAAGAAGAUGGUCCUGGACCAGGGGUUCUUCGCGCCGUCUUUCCUCGGCUGCUUCCUGGCCGUGACGGGGGUGGUGAAUGGGCUGUCAGUGGAGGAGAACUGGGCCAAGAUCCAGCAGGACUAUGUGGACGCUCUGCUGACCAACUACUGUAUCUGGCCACCGGUGCAAGUCGCAAACUUCUACUUCGUGCCCCUGCAGCACAGGCUGGCCAUCGUCCAGUGUGUUGCCAUUGUCUGGAACUGCUACCUCUCCUGGAAAGCAAAUCGGAUGUGAGGGGCAAGCCUUGUCCCCCCAGCCCCCUCCCCAUCCUUCUGCUGCCUGACCCUGCCCCACCUCUGGAGCUCUUGGAUCUGGCACCCGUGGCUGCAGGGGGACAGGGUACACAGCGUCACCCAUCAUCUUCUCGGGGAACAGUGUCAUCUGUGGACAUUGCCCUCUCUGCUCACUGGAGUAGAAGAUGGUGAUGAGUCUGCCCAGAGAGGGGCUCAUGCCCAGGGCUGCUCUGGGCCCUGCAGUGCAUUGUGCCAUGGCACAGCGCUGCCCUUCAACAGAGUUCUCCCUCUAUGCUGGCUCCUCUCCUGGCCCAUGUCCCCACACAGAGUCUCUGCUGCCACCUUGCUCCAUCCUUCCCCAGCAAAAGACCCCUGGGGGAGCAAGGAGCUGGCCUGGUGGGUGCAAUUAUGGGCCCCGUGCUGGUGGUGCCACUCAGAGCUAAGGUCAGUGCCACUGCUCCAGCCCCACUGACAUAGCUGGUGUCCUGAGCUCUGCUGGGGACA